AUAUUGAACAAAGAAGCCAUGAGCAGCGGACUGAGUGAAUAUACUCUUGUUGUCUACUCUAAUGCUCUCUCCACUCUCAUCCUUACCCCUUCUUCCUUCAUCUUUCACAGAUUAGAGCGUCCUCCACUCAGCUUCUACAUCGUCUUCAGCUUCUUCUUACUUGGCCUUAUUGGAACUUCUGCACAGUUAAUGGGACUUGCUGGUUUAAACUAUGCCUCUGCUACGCUUAACACAGCCAUGCUCAAUCUCAUUCCAGCCUUUACAUUCAUACUUGCCUUACUAUUCAGGAUGGAAAAGCUAAACUGGAGGAGCUCUAGCAGCCAAGCUAAGUCUGUUGGAGCUGUAGUGUCAAUUACAGGGGCAUUUGUUGUGACUUUCUACAAGGGCCCAGCAGUGAUCCACCAACGCUUGUCUUCCGACCCGUUGAGUGGUCCAUUUCUCUUCUCACCAAAAUCACAUUGGGUCCUUGGAGGAUCACUCCUAGCCGCUGAGGCAUUCAUGUCCUCAUUAUGGUUUAUUCUGCAGGCCUUAAUCCUUAAGAAGUACCCUGCAGUGCUGAUCUUACUCUCCUUCUACUGCUUCUUUGUGACCAUACAAUCUGGAUUAGCCUCACUGAUACUAGUAAAAGACCCAUGUGCUUGGAGUUUAAAACCCAAUAUUGGCUUGUUUGCAGUUUUAUACUCAGCGGUUGUUGGGACUGCGUUACGUACCAGUGCGGUAGCAUGGUGCCUGCAGAGAACAGGACCUGUGUAUGUUUCUAUGUUCAAGCCCCUUGCUGUUGUUGUCGGAGAUGUCAUUGAUGUAAUUUUUCUGGGACAAGUUCUGCAUCUCGGAAGCUUGGUUGGAGCAGCUGUAAUUAUCACUGGCUUUUAUGCUGUGAUAUGGGGUAAGGCCAGAGAAGAGAAGUUGCAUGAGGACAGUGGAGAAGGGCAGUGGUCAGAAUCAUCAUCUGAAAGCACCCCCCUGCUGCAAAGUGCAAAAUAAGACACAGAUUUGUCUUGUAUAGAAACCAUGGUCUUAGACGUCUUUGUAAUUUUGAUGUGCAAUUUGAUG